UAGCUAGUCAAACUUCAGCAUCCCAUUCGACAUUUGGCCGCUCAUGACUCUCUUACUAAUAGUUUGAGAAUGGGUUUGGGAAUACGGGAUGAACCCGCCCUAUUCCAGGUUGGGGAGAAAUUAGUUGAACGUUUCAGAGAAGUCACAGAAGGACCACUAAAAAGUUUGACGUAUGGAGUUGUGGGCUUUAUCGGAAUGAAACUCUAGCGGGAAUGAGUCUACAAUAAGCUUUAUUUAGAUUGUCCGGAAUAAAAUAUGGAAUCGAUGCCACGACGCAAUGAAUAUUUGGUUAUUGAAGCACCACUUUUUUAAUGACCAUAUCUGUCAAAAAGCUACAUAAAAUAUCCAUAUGCUACAAAUGAUCUGCGUUGGAGUUGUAAACUGUCUGACAGCUCCCAAUAAAGAGUGUGAUAACAACAGUGCCAGAUGUCAGUAGAUCCUCUGUCUGCAGUCUGCUGUGUUGUGGCGCCCUCUGCUGGGUGAAGGGGGAAGGCCAGGGCCAGGCAGGAUGGAGAAUGUGUUUGAGGAGGGGAUGAACCCUGUGAUCGUGGCCCACUACAACCACUCUGGGAAGUGGGGUCGGCCGAGGAGCAGUGGGGUCUGUAAGACUGCUGUCCUCCUCCUCAUCUGUAUCCUAAUCGUGCUGGAGAACGUUACAGUGCUGCUGGCGUUAUGGAGGAACAAACGCUUCCACAGCCGCAUGUACUUCCUCAUCGGUAACCUGGCCCUAUCUGACAUGCUAGCCGGGGUGGCCUAUGUGGUCAACAUUUUCACCUCUGGCGGCAAAACCUUUUUUCUGACACCGGUCCAGUGGCUGGCAAGAGAGGGCAGUAUGUUCGUGGCCCUCAGCGCCUCCACCUUCAGCCUGCUGGCCAUUGGCAUCGAGAGACACAUGACCAUGGUGCGGCUGCGUCCGUGCGAGGCAGCGGGACGGGGGAGGUUACUGGGCCUGCUGGGGGCAUGCUGGGCCGUGUCGGUGCUGCUCAGCGCCCUGCCCUCCCUUGGCUGGAACUGCCUGGAACACCUGGCCUCCUGCUCCACCGUGCUGCCCCUCUAUGACAAGAGCUACGUGGCCUUCUGCAUCAGCGUCUUCAGCGCCCUGCUGGUGGCAAUUAUCAUCCUCUAUAUCCGCAUCUACCGCCUGGUGACGUCCAGCGGGCGGAGGGUGAGCAGCAGGCCCUCGGAGCACUCACUGGCCCUGCUGAGAACAGUGGUAAUAGUUCUGGGGGUGUUUGUGAUGUGCUGGGCCCCACUGUUCCUGCUGCUGCUGCUGGAUGUUGGCUGCAGCCCUGAGCGCUGUCCAGUGCUCUACCAUGUAGACUGGUUCAUCGCCUUGGCCGUGCUCAAUUCAGCCGUCAACCCCCUCAUCUACACAUUGUCCAGCAUGGAGAUGAGAGCAGCCUUCUUCAGGCUGCUGUGCUGCUGUCAGCCUCACCUGGAGGCCCCAGCCUCCAUGGCAGGCAACCCCCAUUUGGGGACAGUCAUCCCCACGGCCGAGAACAGCAGGUCCAGUGUGGGUGGAGGAGGGAGUAGGAUAACGGGGGCUGCCAAGUCUCUGACCCGGGGGAAGGUGACCACGUCCCUGAACUCUAAUACAGGGCCGGCCGACCUGGUGUCAGCGGUGCUGGUCAAGGCUGGUGCACUGCCGUCCCUCAGCAAAUUCUGACUUGACAGCUAAUUCACUGUAGACUGGUCCUAGAUCUGUAUGUGCUCUAGUAGUCUAGCCAACUCCUCUGACUAUCGUUAUCAUGCGAUGUCUGUCAUAGUUGGCUAAAGCACAUGCAGAUCUUGGACCAGGCUAGAUUCACACUGCAUGGGUAACUGGCAAUGCUGUGAGUUGGCAUGGUACAGGCAUGGACACUGGGGCUAUUUCAGUAUGCAUUGGUGAAAGUAUUGACUGAAGAGACCUUGGGUAGACACUCAGAUGAGGUUUGUACUGAUGAACUUGCUGUAAAGCAGGGGUUACCACGUUUUUUUGGCCCCUGAACCCUUUUUAAAACUUUUUUAUUGGGUCUAUGACACUCUAUUACAAAUCAGUCUGACAGUAUUUCAAUCUGAAGUGCCUGAAGUGGCUCUGUCACUCAGAAAUGUAUUCCAGCUUCUGCCUGCCAGCUGUAACACUUGGUGUAGGCUAUCUGCCCCUCCCCUUUGUAGCAUAGGUUACUGUAGCCCACUGACGAUGUUACAAGAGUCAUUCAGAUAUUAGAGAGAUAUGUUUAUUGGAGAAGAAUGGAUUGACUUUUUAAAAUGUUAGUUAAGGAUACUAUAGUUAUCACAUUUCACAAUGGACAUUUAUUAACUACAAAAAGGUAAGAUGUGUUUUUAAUUAUAGUGCUGCUCUGCACACACAAGCUAGCUAGCUAAUGCUUGCAAUGCUCCAACGUUAAUAAACCAACUCGGAAGUUGAAAGACAUUUGAAGUUCCUCCAUAGAACCCGCUCCUCCGUAUAGGUAUAAUUCUGGGGGCCUAAUUCAGAUAAUGCAUGUCAUAACAAGAUGCCCAGUGCUUCAAAGGAAGCUUCCUCCAUUCUCUCUCACCCUCAAAAUUGAUGUUGCAUAUUGUGUCCUACACUGUGUGUGUUUGUCUUUCAUUGAGAUUAAACCAUGCUGUUAAAAUGUGCUCUUAACAACUUUCCUAUACAGCUAAAAUUGCUUACGCGUUCCACAGCAAGCUGCUUUAUUUUCACUGAUUUGUUGAAGUAAUUUAAUGUCGAGCUAAAUGUCAAAAAUAUAUACACUACAAAAUAUGUGGACAUCCCUUCAAAUUGGUGGAUUUGGCUAUUUCGGCUACGCCCUUGCUGACCAGUGUAGAAAAUCGAGCACACAGCUAAGCAAUCUCUGUAGACAGACAUUUUCAGUAGAAUGGCCCAUACUGAAGAGCUAAGUGACUUUCAAUAUGGCAACGUCAUAAGAUUCCAUCUUUCCAACAAGUCAGUUUGUCAAAUCUGGGUUUGGCAGAUGCAAGGAUAACGCUAGUGCCAACUGUAAAGAUUGGUGGAGGAAUAAUGGAAUAAUGGUCUGGGGCUGUUUUUCAUGGUUUUGGCUUGGCUCCUUGGAUCUAGUGAAGGGAAAUCUUAACGCUACACCAUACAAUGACAUUCUAGAUGAUUCUGUGCUUCCAACUUUGUGGCAACAGUUUGGGGAAGGCCCUUUCCUGUUUCAGUAUGACAAUGCCCUUGCGGCUGAAUGGAAGCAAGUCCCGUAACAAUGUCCCAACAUCUAGUGGAAAGCCUUCCCAAAAGAGUAGAGGCUGUUAUAGUAGCAAAGGGCGGAGCAACUCCAUAUUAAUGCAAAUGAUUUUGGAAUGAGAUGUUUGGCGAGCAGGUGUUCACAUACUUUUGGCCGUGUAGUGUAUAUUUCAGAGGUUUAAAAAACAACAGAAAGGAACUACAUAAACUGGUACUUUUUGGGGUUUGAAACUGUUCAGAACUUUAUUUUUCUGGUCGAAACAUUGGAACAGAACAAAAAAAAAUUCAGCUUCGGGUCAGAACUAAAUGAUUGGAAAAUAAUUUUGGUUCCUAACCCGUGGUUUGAAGUGACUGGAAUAAAUCAGAAAGGUAUUGGAAAGUUCAGAAGAUCAUCAGGCAAUAAUGUUGAUGAUGUAUGAUCUGUGUAGAAAAUAACAUCAUUGUUGAGGAUGUUCUUUUCUCCCCCAAUCUAAUUUAGUGCCUGGCCUUGUCCACUCGGUUCUAACUGCUUAUGGGUAUAGUACAGGGAAACAGUACAGUACGUACUUUUGUAUUCCUGUGAGUCUUAUCUUUCAUAUUUUAUAGGAAGAAAACAGACACCGCUCUGUUUAUUACAACCGCAUCUAGCGGCUACUGGAGGUUACUGAUAUAACCCCGGUUCUAUGAACCAAGCGCGAAUGCUUCAUUAAUAAGACUGCAAAGCGAAGGGAUGCUAAGGAUCUACCUUUACCAUAGCUCAUCUAAAGCCACUAUUUUGCAAAGACAUUCAAAUGACUCACAUUGAACCUUUGGGCUUGCCUUGUAUAUUAAUGUACUUAAUAUUUCAUAACUACGGAACACAAUGAAAAAUGUUCCCACAAGACAUGUAAUAGAGCAUAAUAUAGCUUUAUCAACUAUCUAUAGUGUGGGAAAAGUGGAUUAAUUGUAAUAAACUGUUCGUAUGUGUGCAAUAGAGGAUGGGUAGUUUGCAAAUGAAAGUAGGAUCACUGUGUAUUGCACAUACAGUGUAUAUAUAUAUUUUCCAAUUCACCUGCCUUUCUCUUUCUAGGACAGUUCAGUAUAUUUAUUUUCAAUGAAGACUAGGCCUUCCCGGUAUGAUGAACUGUGUACUAAUCCAUUGUGUUUACGCCUUAAAUGGUACAGUGAGUCAAAUACUGAUUUUGUAAUGAUUUGAAGUUUGCUGUCAGAGUAAAGAACAUGUGUCAAUGUUGGUUCUGGUUCCUCUCAGCAACAUAGAUACAAGUCACUCACGCUUCCACUAACCACUAGAGAGUUGUAUUACAAUUACCUUUACAUCUUGUGUGGUGUCUAAAUACCAAUUGAAUAAAAACUAUAAGCUUUGGUAGCUUGUCAUGAUUUUGUAGGUUAGACUUUUACUGUUAGACAUCGUUUAUUGGUUGAAAUAUAACCAGAUCACAACCAGACGUCUUUUUGACAUCAUGAAAAAUGGCUUAUUUUGGUGGAUAUCUGGUUUUAAGUUGAUAUCUGAUUGAACUACUGACCUGUUAUCUAAAUGCUACUAGAUUAAUACACACCAAUCUAUAUAAACAUGUGCAUAGUGUUUGUGGGCCAUGCACCCAUUGCAUAUAAGACACUGGAGCCACUAUAAUGAUUAAAAUUGGAGUAAUGUUCUUUUUCAGCAGGGUUUGCAAUUUUCUAGCACAGUUGGCAAACAGCUGGCAGUUAGGGUCUCAUGAAAUACUGUAUUUAGCUCAGCCAGCUAGAUAAUUUUGGUUAAUCAAAAUCACAAUUUCCAACCAAUGCUUGUUAUUUGAUAUAAAUAAACAAGUAUGUUUUCAAUGUGGCAGAGAAGGUCCAGAUACAUUUAGGUCAUCCAUUUCUGUUCAGUCAAAAUACAUUUUCAGUCAAAAUUCACAAAUGUUUCAACUUGAGAAUUCAUCCGGUGUUUGAGACACUGGGAUCAUAAGCCUAUCAAAACAAAAACAUAAAUAGAUUUUAUACUUGGCGAAUGUACUUUCCUCUCUGACAAGCCUUUGUGUAGCCAUUUUGUAAGGCGGAAGAACUGACUGUCCGUAUCAAUGUCCUUCUGCUAUUCAAAGAUAGUCUUUGUGCUAGUAAAGCAGUUUGCAUAGGUUCUACCUAGUGGGCAAAAGCUGGUUGAAACGACGUCAGAAUGAAGUAUGGUUGAGAAAGGACAAGGUUUUUUAAAAUAUAUUUUUACUGACCAGAAUAUUACAUAAUUUUUCUCAGCACCAUACGGCAAGUCGGUCAUUAUUGUGACCACUAUAUUAUGUGUACAUUAUGUAGCCUACUUGUCAUAGUUAAGACCUCAUCAUAACCUGGUAAGGACCACAUGACGACAGCUUAUUACCAACACUCUUAGAAAAAAGGGUCCCAAAAGGGUUCUUCAGCAUCCCCCAUAGAUUAACUCUUUUUGGUUCCAGGUGUUGGGUUCUGAGAAUAUGAAACAUACUUAUUCAUGUCACUGAGGGAGAAAGGGGAAUGUAUAACAUUUACAUUAUGUCAGAAUAUGUUAUUAUUAGCCAUCAGGGAUCCUACUGUAUGGGAGGAGAAGAGACAGUCUGGUACUAGCCACCAUGACAGCUGUGAGUUGGGGAGUAGUGAGCACUUUGGGUCAGAGGUCAGGUCAGAUGAACUGAGGAAGAACAGAUAUCACUAAGGUUCUGCCUAGCAACAGAGAUGCAUUGGCUGCUCAGAUGUGUAGGAGGAGACUCAGCAGGAGAAAGGGUUAAAUGUCAAUGCUUGUGUGAAUAUGUUUUUGUCUGUUCAGCUGUUCGAUCCUUUGGGAUGAAUAAACUUGGUUUCAGCUUU